AUGGUGCAGAUUAUUAAAGACAUGAACGAAUUCAACACAUUUUUGAAAGCUGCUGGACAGAAACUUGUGGUGGUUGAAUUUUCAGCAAAAUGGUGUGAUCAUUGCAAAAAAAUGUAUCCUAUUUUUCAUGCAAUGUCUCGGCAAUACCAAAAUGUACUGUUUGCUAAUGUGGAUGUAGAUGAUUCUUGGGAGUUGGCCAAAACUUGUCACAUCAAAGCAAUACCCACAUUUCAAAUGUUCAAGAAGAUCAAGAAGAUUUUUGAAAUUUGUGGAGCUGAUGCUAAACAACUGGAAGCCAAGAUUCAAGAACUAAUGUAA